CUUUUCUGCAUUUGGGAGGACGAAACAGACACAGCAUCAUCAUGAGUGUAGCCACCGAUGUCUUGUUCAACGAAGGAUGGGGUGAUAUCUUGACCAACAUUUCUCCGUACGCUUGGGGAAGUAUGGGCAUUGCCUUCGGCCUUGGCUUCUCUGUCGUCGGAGCUGCGUGGGGCAUCUUCUUGACCGGGUCGUCGUUGCUCGGGGCGUCUGUGAAGGCCCCUCGCAUCCGAACCAAGAACUUGGUGUCGAUUAUCUUUUGCGAGGCCACGGCCAUCUACGGAGUCAUCAUUUCGAUCAUCCUGUUGAACAAGAUGGACGUGCCGGCCGUGCGCCGGCCCACGGACCCUGCGUUGAAUUUGGACCAACUGUACUUUGCCGGGUACGCCGUGUUUGGUUCUGGCCUCGCCGUGGGUCUCACCAACAUUGCGAGCGGGGUGUCUGUGGGCAUCGCCGGCAGCAGUUGUGCGCUGGCGGAUGCGCAGAACGCCUCGUUGUAUGUGAAGAUUCUCAUCGUCGAGAUUUUCGCGAGUGCGUUGGGCAUCUUUGGGGUCAUCGUAGGCAUCAUUGUCUCGAACAACGCCGCCUUUCCCAAGUAAACAACCGUCCGCUGACCAGUCACCGACAGAAAUAAACAACCAAAACACACGAGCCCAUUGGUUUCGAAUCGAUGAAUUGAAUAUGACCCAUUACUUGUGCGUCAUGUAUUGCUAUUUUCAUGUCGUAACCUGCUCCAAGGAGUCUAACAAUGCAGUUGGAUCUGGCGUCUCUUGGGGUGCUGCUGUGGGCGGCUCGUCGUCUGGGAUAACGUUACUAGCGAUGCGAGUAGUAGGAGUGGUGGCCUUGGCAUCAAACCCCAUCGCAGCCAGCAAUUCGUCCACCUUGUGCUUGGCUUGAAACGUAUGCAUGACGUUCGGAAACAACUUGAUCAGUCCCGAGUCUUUCCGAUCAAAAUAUGACGCCAUCU